ACCCAUCGCCCCCGCGCCGCACCGAGCGGUCGGAGCCGCGAAGCCGGCGCGCCUGCGCACUCAGGGCCGCCCCUCCCGCGCGCGCCAGGCGGGCCGUUGCUUAGCAACGCGCACGUCACAAAGGCUGGGCUCCCUGGCCUCUACGCGGAGAGAGCCGGUCUGGCCGGUCUCGCGAGACUCCAGGGCUUUCACGUGUCAGGCCCAAGGGCUCAUGGAGGCCGCGGAGGAAAAGCCGCAACAGCAUAAAAUAGAAGAUGCUGGUGUAGUAUAUGUAACUGAAAAAAAUGAAGAAAUCAAACAUGAAAAAAAUCCUGGAAAUAGCAUACAGCCUUCAAAACCAUAUGUGAGGAGAGGACCUGGAAAUUAUGCUAAAUUCAUUAACACAAAUGCAAGAACGUACAACGAACCAGUUCCCUACAUAGAUCCCAGAAAGGGGCCAGAGGAGCAGUGUGACUGGUGGUCACAUAGUACAGCGCCAGCACAUCCCUUCCAACCACGUUAUGAUACUCAGAGCACCCAGAGAAGUGACUUCCGAAAACCAACAUGUCCUUUGGUUUUGCCAGUCAAACACAGCCGACUGCAGAAGCCUUCCUGUGGAAUAGUUCCCCUUGUCUGUCCAGAUGCACCAGCAGAACUUCAAAACAAUUUUAUAGAAUACAUCUCCUUUAUACAUCAAUAUGAUGCCAGGAAUUCCCCCAAUGAGCCCAUCCGGGGAAAGAGACAUGGAGCUUUUGUGCAGAGAGAGAUAAAACCAGAGCGUAGGCCAAUAGUUCCUACGGGAACAGAGGUAUUAUUGAAUGCUCCGGGGUCAUGUUCCACAGAACAGUCAAAAAAAACAGAGAAAGGAAAUUCAGCAGGAAGCAGAAUGAUCUCAUCAGGUCUCUGCCAGCAAAAUUCCCAAGAGCUGCUAGAGACUUAAAACUCACUUAUCAGAAACAGACGGCAAAUAGACAGCCAAGUCACACCCCAGAAGCCCUAAAGAAGGGAGAAGAUCACAGGCAUCUUUCAAAUGACUGCAGGACAUUCUCUUCUCACCAGUCACAAGCCUUUAAAUCCACCAAUAAAAAACAAGAUAAGUUGUCCUCUUCAGAUAAAAACACAAUUCCUGGAAUGUAGAGGAGUUUAAUAAUGGCUAUCCAGGUGCUGGCACAUGCUUUUGUUAUCAAAAACCUCAGAAUAUGUAGUUUGCAUAUAAGAAAAAAGGGAGAAAAAGACACACAGGUUUUUAAUAGUGAUAACUGAUGAGAUAGAUUAUGAGACAUUAUUUUACAACAUUUAUAAGUAAAACAAUUUGGUUUACAUAUAAUGGAUAUUAAAAGUAUAAACUUUUCCAGGAGAAGCCUUUAUCAGUCAUUAGUUACAGUUCUGAAAUCAAAAUAAACUGGGUUUAUGAUGUUGGCUCUAUAUCAUAUGAGCUCUUUGACUGGAGGUAAGUUAUUUAACCUCUAUAGACCUCAAUUUUCUCAUUUAUAACAUUAGGAAAAUAGAAACUUCAUAAGAUUAUUAAUCAUGAGAUUAUGUACAAUGAUCAGUAAGUUGUCAAUAUAAUCAUUAUCACUUCAUAAAUUUAAAUAUUAUGUUCUAUAAAUUUUUCUCCUUAUUUUAAGACUUAUAACUCCUCUAUAUACAACUAAGAGUGCAAAAAUCUAAAAAUAUUUGUCAGCAUAUGACACACAUACAUUAACUCAAAGAGGAUGGAUACUUAGGAUAUCAAAAUAUUUCCCAAAUUGUUUUCUAUUUUGCUGAUUUCUAAAGCUAACUCAACCUACUCUUUGGUCAAACUGGUAAAGAUUAACCCUACCCGCUACAUAAUUUGAUAUAUUUUAUAUUCUAUGAUGCAUCCACUAUAAGGUAUGUUAUGUGGUGUGCAAGUGGAAGUAGAAUACUUCGCUACAAUAAUGCACGCAAAUUUCCAUGGCAAAAUAUCAGUUCCUCACUAUUAUCAGUGAUAUUGGUAAAGCUAUACUAUACCUUUAUCCUUUUAUCCUUCCUCCACUAAGGAAAUUUUAAUAUACUACAAAAAAAUAAAUGCCAUUGAUGCAAUUUAUAUGUGUGUUAAAGACUUCUAGUUCUUACAACAUGGCAAAAUAAAACUAAUAGUGAACCUCUUCUAUUUGAAAUACCUUAAAAUGAUAAAAUAACAACCCGUAAAGCAGUAAAAUUUUCAUGUUCUAAAAUAGUUUGCGGAAAGAGUGUUGUUGUAUUGUCUCGUUAGGGGACGGUGUAGCUCCGGCCAGCGGGGAUGCAGAAUGGGCUGAGGUGGCUGUGGCUGUGAGGAGAGGGCAUGACGCUGGUCCAGUUGGGGCUUCUUAGGCUUUGCCUUUGAGGAGAGGUAAAUAGAAGCCAGGCUUGGAAAUGGAAAUGGAUGCAACUCUUGGAAAAGUGGGAGAGGGAAGUUAGGGCACAGUCAUGAACUGUAAACAUAAGAGUGCUGGGCAGAUAGUAGCUAUUAAGGUAUUCUAUGCCAAGCUGGAAAAAUCUGUCAACAAAAUUGCCACGAGAAAUACAGUUUCUAAAGGUUGGCUUCAAAAAUAAAAUAAAAUAGUUCGGGGGUAGAGCACUUGCCUAGCAUGUGCAAGGCCCUGGGUUCAAUAUCCAGUACUGCAGAAGGCAGGGGGGCUUGCUGAUAUCUGUUUGUCAGUCUGUCUGUCAUCUAUCUGUCAUCUGUCUUUUGGAGAGCUUGCCUAAUUAAUACAUGCAGAUUGCUUUUUUAUUUUAAGGAGAAUAAAAACUAAUACAGAGUUCAAAGCAA